CAGUAUGCGGCUUCGAAGGCAAAUUUCACAGAACCGGACUUGGUCACUGGAGGGAGUUGGAAAAACGAAAGGAAACUCGUCCGCACCUGUAUGCCUCCGAAAGGGAGAGGACUUUUCCUAAUGAUAGAACCUACCUCUGCGAGUUUGUCGAAUAGGUCACCAUCAACCAUGGAGACUGUGGGGAUGAUUUGCUACUUACGCAAUGAGUAA